GAAUAUUACGUUUACAUCGCAUUCUAGUUUUGAUUUUAGGGAGCCUCUCAGUCCCCCAAUUGUCAUUUAAAGUGCUCCGCUCUUCUCCCCCCCAAAAUCGGGGUAUUCGGAUUCCUGCGGUUCCCCGAGACAUGAUCUUUCCCCAUCCCCAUGGCUACAGGAACGGUCGACCCUUCGGCCCCUAAGGACGUCCAGGGGACAUCGAGCCCGACCGGAGACAUCGAUACGGGGUCAAGUAAUCUUCACGACAAAGAAAAACAGAUGGUGGCUGCUAUCCGCCCGCCGCACCAGCGACAUUUGAGUCCUUUCGUCAUCACUGAGCGGCCGGAGGAAAAACAACUAGGCGUGUCUACCCGCACCUUGACAGUUGAUGACUUUGCACUUCUGAAAACUCUCGGUACUGGCACCUUCGCUCGAGUAUGGCUAGUGAGAUUAAAGGACGAGAUACGACAGAGAGAUAAAGUGUACGCACUCAAAAUACUACGGAAGGCGGAUGUGAUCAAAUUGAAGCAGGUCGAACAUGUGCGCAACGAGCGGAAGACUCUCUCGGCGGUUGCCGGCCACCCAUUCAUAACGACACUGAUAGCCUCAUUUUCCGAUGACCAAAGCUUGUACAUGUUGUUGGACUAUUGCCCUGGCGGUGAGAUCUUUAGUUACCUACGGCGCGCGCGCAGGUUCAACGAAAACACUGCUAAAUUCUAUGCGGCUGAGAUCACUCUAACCAUCGAAUUCCUCCACGACGUAGAGGGAAUCGUUUAUCGCGACCUGAAGCCUGAAAACAUUCUUCUGGAUGCCGAGGGGCACAUUAGACUUGUCGACUUUGGCUUUGCAAAGAAAGUCGAUAAUCGGGAGACUUAUACCCUCUGCGGCACGCCAGAGUACCUUGCCCCCGAGGUCAUCCAUAACAGUGGCCAUGGUCUUGCAGUUGACUGGUGGGCCCUAGGUAUUCUUAUUUACGAGUUUUUGGUGGGGCAACCGCCCUUCUGGGAUCAGAACCCCAUGCGUAUAUACGAACAGAUCGUGGAAGGCCGCAUACGCUUCCCUCAAAACAUGUCGCCGGCGGCCCAGAAUAUCAUAUCCUUACUUUGCAAGACCAAUCCCACGGAGCGCCUAGGGUACAUAUCUGGAGGGUCUGCCAGAGUCAAGUCCCAUCCUUUUUUUGAAGACAUACAAUGGGAUGAUUUGUUUUACCGCCGUAUCAAAGGGCCUAUCAUCCCGAGAGUCGACCACCCCGCAGACACCGGUAACUUCGAAGAGUAUCCGGAUCCAGACGUGAGGAGUCAGAACGUUUAUACCGAUGAUCUGAGGAAAAAGUACGAGGCUUUGUUUAGCGACUUUUAGGCAUGGUGUUGGAGCAAAUUUAAAAAUAUUACUGAACAAACACCUUUCAGUGAACGUACUGCCGCCACGCGAUCAGGUCGAUCCGUCCAACCGGAUCAUCCCAGCGGAGACGA